AUGUACACUGCCAAGAACCCAGAUAGUGUCCUCAAGAAAGCAUUUCCGGAAUCGUUUCAGUUGGAGCUGGAUUAUGCCGAGUUUCUAGACGACUCUUUAGACGAAAGCUACGAUCUUCGACAAGAGCUCGAGGCCAACGAGUCAGAACUUCCCAACACGUACAUCCUGAAACCAAGCAUGAGCGACAAAGGUCAGGGUAUCCGUGUUUUUCAGACCAUUGACCAGUUGCAGGAGAUCUUCAACUCUUUUGAAGAGUCCGAGGAAAACGAGGACGAAAACGCAGUCAUUACGUCGCAGCUUCGGCAUUUCAUCGUUCAACGGUACAUUGCUAAUCCACUUCUGCUUAAAGAAUACGAAAACAGAAAGUUUCACAUCCGCACCUACGUGCUAUGUGUGGGAAAACUAAAGGUGUUUGUCUACCAACGAAUGCUUAUGCUCUUCAGCGAACAUCCUUACCAUAAUGACUAUACUAAUAUCGAAGGUCAUUUAACUAAUACAUGUCUCCAGGGAGAUACCGACAAGUUGGUGGUUGUGGAACUGGCAGCAAGCGUUCUUCCAGAGGCGUCAAAAAUUACAAUUCGUGAGUCUAUAAAUUCGAUUGUGAGCGAGCUAUUCAAAGCUGCUUCCAACGAAAAAAUCAACUUCCAACCAUUACCCAAUUGUUUCGAGAUAUUUGGUGUGGACUUCGUCGUGGAUGACCAGCUAAACGUCAGUUUGCUCGAGGUGAACUCGUAUCCCGACUUCAAGCAGACGGGAGAUGAUCUAAAGGGUCUGGUCGACGAGCUCCUGGACGGAGUUGUACAGAAAGCAGUGUCGCCGUUCUAUGGCAAACAACCGGGAGACGUUGCCAAUUUGGAGAAAGUGUUGGAACUCAACUGA